UGUUACAUGUGCUGCGUUUUUUUCCCUUCAUUUUUUUUCUCUCUCCUUUUUUUUUUUUUUUUUUUUUUCCUGAGCAGAUUUUCUUGCAGCUCGCUUUGGGUGGAGGCGUGGGGGUUGUUUCGGAGCUUCACAAGCCUUUUGUGCUCUGCGGGGAGUUGCACCUCGCUGCUCCACUGCAGACCAGAAGUAGGUGAGCUUAGGGCAAGCCUGGCUUGAGCAACCACUUCAGAGGGCAGGACAGGGAGGACAAAGCAAACACUUGUAGAGAGGUGGCCUCCCUGGUAAGGCUAGAGCAGGACCGUCCUGCGGACCCUGUGGGAGGGAGAAGGUAAGUGGCUGCUGGGCAGAGCUGCCUGCGGGAGCGGCUUGUGCGGGGCAGGGUGCGCCCUGCCCGCCCGUUCCUGCGGCUCAGGACCAGCCGUGGGUUUGGUAAGACCUGUGCUGUGGUAUGUGCCGAGGUUCAGGGGUGUUUGCCCUGCGAGGGAGCAGGGUGCUGCCGCGAAGGAGGCACCGCAGCCUGCGCCUUUCGCAACAACGCGAGGGCUCACGCUCAGCAUUUCUGGUUCCCCCCUCGUCGUUCCUUGCCACCGGCUCAGGCUCUGUCGAGAAUCAAGCGACAAACCGUCCGCACAAAACAUAACACGUUUCCAUGGAAGAGGAAAAAAAGAGUCUCUGCAGUGCCAGGCUGGCUUUAAAACGCUACCUCUGCUCCCUGUGCCCCCUCUCGGGGUGCAGCUCCUGGAGCCAGGGGGUUCCGCAGCCGCCAGACCCUCCGCUCGGUCCCUGCGAGACGUGCCUUAGCUGGCCAGACCGUCUUUAAACGCCUGGCCCUUGCUCCUGCCAGCAGCGUGACUGCCUGCCUGGUUUACAAUUGCUUUAAGUAAUAAUCUGCUAGUAAACUUGGAGGAAAGGGUGGCGUUAUUCUUAGCUAAACGCCAUUAAAAUGUGCCUCUGCUGUUUCUCAAUAGAGGUGAAAAGCAUUGUAGCUUCCUGGAAUAGGACAAAAUGGCCGAAACAGGCGACGUGUAGAUCAAAGUACGGUAUAGAUCUGUUCCUGCUCUUGCAGUGGUUUUUGGAACUGGAAUGCAAACGUUUCUGCAGCUUGCAUCAUAAUGAGUUACAUCAGCACAUAAAGCGAUUUAAAAAAAGAGCAGAUUGAAACAGGAUCGGCUGUUAACCUUCCCAGGAUUUUAAAUUUAUGGUUAAAUAGAUAUUUGGAUAUUAGUGAUAUCCUCAUUUAAACCUUAACAUCAGUCUGUUUAACCCUGAAGCAAACUAGCUCUGCCUAACACAGUCCAGGCUCUGCAACGAUUCAUCCAGCCCGCAACACUGUGGGAGCUUAGACAGCUUUGUCUGUACUUGUACCUCUCUGCGCAUUUUUCCAGGACUAUGAUCUUUGUCUGCAAUUAAUCACUGUUCAGGAUGGCUGUUCCCGACGGUAGAAUCCACGAACUGCUCCAGCUGGGAGAGGUCCUGGAGCGUGCGCUGGCGCCGCGUCCCUGCAAACCAGGGCCAGAAGCUGCUGGGGCAGAGUUGUGUGGGUCCUCAGCACUUCUGGAGAUUGUUUUUGUAAGUCUGAGCUGAAAAUUCCUUUCCGUUUUUGAGGAGUUUCUAAAUGACUGUGAUGUUCAAUGUAGUUGAAAAGUCACCGAGGCAGUUGAGACCGGUUGCACUCAGGGUGGGUGGUUUCAUGGCUGAACCUUGUAUCUGAAAAGCUAAAUGUUCUAGUACAGCGUUUUUAAAUCCCAGAAAGGUCAAACCAGACUUUCAUACUUGAGUUAGAUUGACCCCGCUUUACUGCGUGAGACUCUCUAGAGAUCUUUCAGGGGAAAGGGGGGGAAAAAAAGGAAAACUUGUUUUUUGUUUCUCUGAACGGCACAUUCUCGAAGCAAAGGAGCUUGUUCUUGCCCAUCGGGUCCCUCCCCUGCAUUGUGGAGUGGAAAACUCUUAUGCUAAUUAUUUCACUGUCUGUUAUCAAUAAGAAGUGAUUUAAUUUCUUUGGCAAAGUGUUGCAACAAGAGCAAAUUAGAUUGAGAGGUGAAGUGAAAUAGAAAACACGCAGCUGUACCGCCAAACAGUAAUGGUGGCUGUUUACAACGUUUUGGUUUAGGCAGGCUUCUACAUAGAAUCCUUUAUAUUGAAGGUUUUUGUGUCACGAUCCACUGCUCAUGCAAGGAAACUAGAUUAAUAGAUUACAAAGGACAAAAGAGACCUAGGUUUAUCUGGUUUGAUUUCCUGCAUUAUGCAGGUCAUAAGAUUUGUGUGAAUUUUUUGUUUUUUCUUACUUAAAAGAAUUUAACCACAGCAUACCUGCAUCUUAGAAAACAUCAGAUUUUCAUUUUUAAAUGGGCUGUGAGAGAGAGUAGAAUAAGACUUGGCAUAUUGUUUCCAUCAAAAUCUUCCUGACAGACUAGAAAUCAAAAUACCUUUUUAAACUUGUCUAGUUUCUCCUUUCAGUUUCUGGAUGUUGCUGCAUCUCAGUCUGCUUGACGGAGGAAUGUUCCAUUACCAGAUUUCCGUCCCCAUGUAGCUAUGUACAGGCUGAUCAACCGAGCAUUUAACGCUCCCGUUACAGACUUGUAGAGCUCCCCCUCGGGUCCGUCUUUGCUAAUCCUGCAGUGGCUCCUGUCACAGUUCUCAGUGAACAGUGUUUCGCUGGUUUGAUCUGGGCAGAGGGACAGAGCGAUCAGCGGCGGCCGGACUUGUGCCAGCGCCUCCUUGCUGAAAUGUCUCCUUCAGGCAUCCGGGGAUUACACCAGCCCACGUUCAGCUGGUGUCCCAGCACGGCUCCUAAAAUACUCUCAGAUCUGCUCCUCCUUGGGACAGCAUCCCCGUCCUGCUGGUUUGUGCUCCUCAUUCUGCACGUAUGGCUUUAUACUUGGCCCUCUUGAAAAGGACGAGUCCUUAGCGUUGUUGCUUGCAAUGGCCUUUAUUUUAUUUUAUACCCCCUCUUGCUACUCUUGAGUGUCACCUACAAACUUGCUUGGUACUGAUUUUAUAUUUUCUUCCAGAUAAACAACUGCUGUCUCCGCUGUAGGAGUUUCCAGGUUCUGGGUGUGCGUACAGCUCAGCUGUGUCAAUAUUGGGUCAGGAGGAGGUUCUGGGUGUUCACCAUCCUCUCGCCACACCCCGGUUUCCUGGGAAGAAAGCCCAGUUUGGGACCUGGAAGGGAGCCAGGAGCUUCAUUGCCUGCCCUGGUGCCAUUAAAUAAUGUAGGGCCCAAAACAGGUAUUCACAGGGCCCAUAAAAACAAGAUGACAGCUCUAGGACCCGGGUUCCAGCUGCAUUUUGAGACCUUCCUCUUAGAUAGAUUCUAAUCCAUUUCAUUAUGCCUUCUUGCUCUUCUCCAAAUUUAAUUGAGAUUAAAGGAAACAGAAGGAAAAUUACAUAGAACCACACAGUCACAUUAUUAGACUGUUUUAUUUUUAGGAAACCAGGCUAAGAAUAUCAAAGGAAUAUUGAGUAGGAAUAUGGACUGCGUAUUUGCCUGUUCAGGUUUUUUGCCAUGAAUUUUUUCAUGUCUUCCUAAGAACAGCAGAUGAUCUGUCUAGGGAAUUCUUCAGCCAAAAUAAGCAGCCUCAUGACAGAUUUCACCUGCAUGCUCGUGAGGAUACAUGGGAUAUAAGCAUUGAACAGGGAAUCGCUGAUCCUUGGUGUUUGGCUGCCUGGGUGCAGAGAGAUCUGUAGUGAGACCCAAUAGCGGAACAAACAUUUAUUUUAAGAUCCGUGCUACUUCUGAUGGACGUGUUGGAUAUUUGCCAGGCCUGGGGUUUUUGUUUCUUUUAAAACCGCAUCUGUUCAUUUUAUUUCUGCCAGUAUGAUGACAAAGCCACCUCUGUAAGAUAGGUGGUGAGGCCUUUCAGAGAUCUAAUCAUUCUUGAGUCAUAAAGGAAUAAAGAAGCUGUUUCAACACCUGACUUGCAGAAUGUUUUGUGUUGCUUCUUGCCUGUUGAAAUGCAGCUGCUAUUGAAACACUAUGAUCCCAUCAGAAUGUACAGCCAGUUAUUUUGUAGAAUACUUUCAAGCUUACAAAAAUCAUUAAAUAAAUCAAGAAGGCUGGAAAUUCUCAUGAACAUUCUAAAGCCAUCAAAUUACAAAACGUUUCAGUUCAGUGCUUCAUGGCCUAAACAGUACAGUUUUACAAAAAAAAAGAGAAAAAAAAAGGAAUGAAAAGAAUGUACCAUUUAAAGAAUUGGGGCACUCACAGAGCUUGCAUCAAAAGGAAAUGAAGAUAGAGAUAAGUAAUCUAAAAGGAUAUUUAUGCAUUAAAAUACUUGUGUAUCUGGACACGUAUCAUUAAACAGUCUAGAUGCAAUGAUAGCUGGAGGCCCGUGAGCCUUUGUAACAAAUACAGCACAUACAGUGAACAUUCUGAUUAGAAGUGAUGCAGUCUAAAAUGUUACAGCCAGAAAAGUGAUGACAGAGAUCAAAUGGAAUGAGUUUAGUUUACAGAUCCGAGCAGUUUCUGCUCACUGGUGUGAUGCAAACAACGUGACACAAAACCAACACAGUUUUGCCUUUGGUGUUGUCACCUUUGCUCUCGAAUCUGCAGUUCCCAUCUUGAUUUAUUUUUGAACAGGACAGUCGGGAGUGGCCCAGCUGGUCCACUAAGCCACGCUUUUCGGCCGAGUGGGCCAGAACGCACAGAAUUAGCGAAUGCUGUGCCAUCCAUUGCCUUUCUACGCGGCUGCAUAACAGCAGCUCCCAGUUGCUAAGCAGCUGCAGAGCCGUCUCUGCCUUCGCUACCAAUCAGCUCUACUAUGGGAGCAACACGGGUUCGCCUUGAUCGGUGGCGGGGAGCCGGCAGCAUGACAACGGGAGCAGUGGCUAUAGCAAAAUUGUUCAUUUUCUAGCUGGCUGAUGGGCCCUGUGGCAAAAAUGCUGGAGCGAGGCGAAGGGACACUUGGUGGCCCAGAAGCAGGGGGUGGCAGGGAGGGGAGAGCCAGCAUAUGUGCACAGCGGAGGCCACAAAGGCAGCAGAUCUCAGCAGAGCAGGGGGCACACACCGAGGAGAAAGAAAUGGGAGAGAGGCCAAAUGCACAGUUCGGAAUGGAAAAAAAAAACAGGAGUAGAGUGCAGCAUAUGGAGAGGAGAAAUAAAGCAGAACUUGCACAGCCUGCGAAUAAUUGAAUAGAAAAUACAGGAAGAGAGGAAAGGAGCUUGAUUCAUUACUGUGCUUCACAUUGUGGAGACAGCUACACCCAGGAAAAGGAGGUGUGGAAUACAACAGCAUCUUUCAUGUUUCACAAUGUACUGCAGGUUUUACAUUUCAACCCCUGCCAUUUGUGGUUUGCUCUCUGCAUAGCCCCUGCCUUUUGUUUAGUCUUCAUUCCUGCAGGCUCUCUCUUAUCUUUGCCUAGUUUCUAACUUAUUUUCAUACUUGCUUUAGUUUUUUUUUUGUUUCAAGGUAAGUUUUACAUUAAAAUACCUUUUCCAGGUACUGCCCUUCAAAAGGGCAGGCCAUUGCUAAUUCCUAACUGCAGUUAAUUUUCACUAAAUCUGCAAAGGCGAGGAUGUUUUUCUCCCCCUCCUGCUGGAGCUGCUGAUGGAGAACAGGGUUCCCUUUACUUCCCAACACCUUCCCCUCCCUGUUGUCCUUCUUUUUCCCUGUGCCGUGCCUGCCAGCACUCCGGGCAGACUCGCUGCGAGCAGCGUGCAGGAAGGAGUUCCUGUGGCAAUCGAUUAUCACAAGCGCCUUGCUGUGUUGCAUAAGAGGGUGUAAAAAGGCAACACAAACACCUGCAAGGGGGUUGUGACCAAAAGAGAUUCUAGUUCUACCACCAUUCAGCCGCCCACGUUAAAAAAUACUUUAUGGUCUUGGCACCUAACGUGCAAUUGGGUGCGUAAUAGGAAAUGCCAGAAGAGCUGGCAGGGAAGCGGGGGAGAUACACGUUCCUCUCUGGCUCCUCCAGACAGAGGAUUGAGUGGCACAUUUGUACAGGAGGGUGGGGAGAGGAAUUAAAGCUCCUGCAGCUGUUGCCUCCUCCACAGCCAGCCCUGGCUUGCUGGGAGGCCUGUUGACUGAAAAACACUUUUCCCCAAGUCCAAAAUUGAGUCCUAAAAGCAAAACAGAAGUGCCCACCCAGAUCUACAGUGGAAAGGAUUUGCUAGGGGCUCUGUGUAUGUAUUUCAAGCCAAUAAAAAACCUGGUGGAUAUGCAGCCAGAUGUGUUUUGUACCUGAAAGAUUUUUGUCCAAGAUGUCUGAUUUGGAGGGAUGCUAUAUUUGCUUCUUUAUUCUAUAUUGGUCUGGAGUCCUGCUAUAGUCUAUACUAUUAUUAGACUUCUAAGACCAUUGAGGUCUAGGGGCACUCACUUUUUACAAGUAGUUUCAGCUGCUUUUCACACAGGGGCAUUUUUAGUAUUAUGAGAGAGAUCAGUUUAAUUAGAAUGGUUUCAACCAGGAAAUCUCCCCGCAUCAAGAAAUCAGAGCUACUGUGUUAAUCCCAGUAAGCAACUGGGAACUUGACAGUGUGCCUGUUGUUAGGAUGAGAGUCAGGAAGGGUGAAAUGUGUGUAGGAAGGGACAAACGCACAGGAAACAUGCCAUCAAGGACAGCGGUGUCGAGCUUGCACCGGGCAGCGCGCCAGCCCGAGUUUGGCAGUGACCCGUGGGCUGGAGCAGCGCUGGCGAGUUGCUGCACUCGACGUGCCUGCGCACGGCAGAUGACAAUGCCACUGUGAUUGCUGCCCGCAGCAGAUGACAAUGCCACCGCGAUUGCUGCCCACCACACCUCCGUGACCUGCUCCGGUGGUUUGCAGUGAAGACCAGCCAGGCUGCUCUGCACCAUCAACCUGUCCAGCUCGCACGUGCCUGGGACAAGCCAAAAAUCACAGAUCUGUAGCACAGCCCUGUGCUCUCAGCCACGAGCAAGCCUGCGCAUCCCUCCUGAACUCACCGUGUCUGACUGUUCCCAUGGUAAAACCAGCCACAGCUACCAACACCAUCACAACCUGUGGAUCUUGCUGGAAACGAGGCAUUUCGGAUCCCUCUCUCUCCAGCAGACCUCCAGAUUCGCUUCUCAGUGUAGAGGUAGAGGAUGAGAUCCAGCAUCACUGUGACAGCUCUGUCAGCCCAUGUUGACAAAUUCCUCCCCAUCGCUCAGUGCAACCGUGCCAGCACAUCUGGGAGACACACGUAUCGCCCAGAUCCGUGCGGGGAGAGUUAUGGUGGUGUUGGCAGAUGAUUGUUCAUGUCAUGCUUUUCAGAGAUCUGUCAUUGUGUUUGAUGUUCCACAAAAGCAUAGGAUGAUCUUAACCUUGUGUUACCCAUUUUUUACAACAGAACUUCGCUUGAGAAUUCACACUUCAGCGAGGAACAGAAACCUGAAACUGCCCCUAAGCACCUACUGUAUCAGGCUGAGACGUUACCACGUUGAUUUACACACUCUUCUCAUGUGUAAAGUGGAGGGUUUUUCCCCCACAACUGCAAAGCCAAGAGUUCAAUUUCUAAUGAAAAGUGAGAUGUGAAAUAUGGCACGUUGGCCAUGCAUCCAUCAGGUAGGUAUAUUUGGCCCACAUAGUCAGCACCCCUGAUUUAAAGCAUACCAGAGAAAAUAACCCAAGAAACAGUAUGUGUUCCCUGUAAAUAACUGCUCUCUAGGUAGUAGUCAGUGUGUGUUUUAUGAACAAAAUCUGUCCAAACUACAUCAAAGCGACUGAAUAUUUGCUGCCUGAUUUUGCUGGGUUGUAUGUCUAAUUUGGCUAACACCUCCUGUUGCAGCCCCUCGUCCUGUUUUCCUUCAUAACCCUCUGAACUUUAUGGCAGCAUUUGGACAGAUUUUUUGUAGAGUUUAUUGAAAAAUGUUUGCACUGAUUUAGUGUAUGGGCUACUUGAGCCAAGUGAAACAGGAACUAUAUUCCUUAGGCAUGAAAAGGCAGAAAGGAAAUUUUCUUAUUGAAAUAUAAUUUUUCCACAUUACUUAAUAGUCUAGAAAGUUAAUACCUUUCUGGCAGCACUUCCUACCAGGGAAAAAAAAAAUGGUUCCAAACAACAAUGUAAUAAUGUUUUAGGUUGGGUUAAAUGUCUUAGAAACUGGCAGGUGUCACAGCCACCUUGCCUUCAGUGAAAAAGGCAAUUGAGAGCCCUUAUGAAACAAGAGAUUUACAUCAGUAGGAGCUACUACACAAAAACCAGGCACAUGGCAAGGUUUGAAAAGAUGGUGAAUCAUGUGGCCCAAGGGAUUUUUAGGGCUGGGGGCAUGUGUGUAAAAUAUCAGGCCAUGAGGACCAGAUGGUAGAGCUCUGCAUGUGCAAGAGAAACAGCAAGAAACGCUACAGAAAUGGAUACUGAGAAGCAGCUAAAAGUCAAGGAGACUGAAAAAACAAUUUCAUACUGUUGUUCUGUAAACGAAUUACCUUGAAUAUACAGCUGGCUUUGUCAUAGGCUUCUGCUCUUACACUGAUUGUCACUCAUAACCUCUUUGUGUGUGCAAGGCACAGUUCAGCUCUCCUACAUUCCAGUUUUCCCUUCCCUAUCUGCCCUGUCAGAUCACAGCAAAUUCUGUGGGGCAGAGAUUGUUCCUCAGUAAGGGUCUGUGCACCGGACAAACAAUUCUUAUGUAACAUCUGAAAUUUAUCAGAAAUUCACUCUACUUACAUGGUAAAUCACAUUCUUCAGGGUCUGUCUUUCCUAUUGCAAACUCUUCAGGGCGUUGUCUCUUGCUCUAUAUAUGCACAUGCUGUAGUGGGAAUUCAUCGCUGAAAACACAAAGAAUUAAUAUCAGUGGUUAUGUUCAAAAAUAAAUAUUUAAGGCUUCAUCUUGUUAUGCACAUUCUUAAUGAAGUUUAUUAAUAUUUCCUUUGACAUAAAUGGGGCUACUAGUUCUUAUUUUUGAGUUCAUGUUUAAGUCUUUGUAAAACUGGGGUCUCUAUUAUCAACAAGAAAAUUCUUAAGUGUAUUUCAAAAAAUUAUUCCUAAAGAUAUUUAGGAAGAACAGGUCCCAUUCUCAUCUAGUUGAUAUUACCACAUCAACUAAUAAUAUGAGUAUACAGCAGAUGGCGUGUGCUGUUACUCCUCUCUGCAGUUGUGGCUACAAGGAUGUACCAGUAGUCUGAGACCUUGCUGGUCAGCUAAAAUAGUUGAAUUUUCCAUUAGAAAUAUUACUGCAAGCCAUGCUUCAUAGUGUAAGGGCAUGUACUAUGAUAGAGCUUCAUUAAAUAGAAACUUAAAACUUUUACAGUAUUCAAAGUUCCUCCAAACAGAAGAACCUAGCUCAAUAUACUUAGCUUUUGUAUAGGACUUUAUAUGCCUAAAGCACUGCAUACCUGUUAAUUAAAAAUAAGUAACUGAGACACUUCAAUGCUAUGUUUCAUUAAUAUUAAAGUGACUCACUACAAAUAGAGCACCUAUUACUUAAAAACAGUCUUUGGAGUGUUUACGGUUGAUUUUAUAAUCUACUCAUUUUAUAUUGUUUCGUCCUGGAUCUAAAGGUGUACAAAUCUAAAAAGUUUCCUUAACUAUCAAAUGUAAAAGGAGACAAAGCUGUGAGAAUGUAAAGAUUGUUUUGUGAGACUUGCAAAAAAACAACCUAACAAUGGCCCACAAAAUACUUUUAUCCCCCAAAAAAACCUCUUGAUGGCAAUAACUGACUUGAAAAAAAAACCCUUAAUUACAGUAUUCAGGUUGAGGAAGAGUACUAAAUCUAGCUGUUGAUCGUAACGUGCGUUGUAUGAUGCUGGUUUUGAGCCAGGUCCAAACAAAUUGUUUCAGGUUAAAACAACUUUUUCCUGGACCGUUAAUUCCCGUGCGAUACUGGAAUGGCCUCAGCCAUUGCAGCCAACGGGAGCUCAGUGUUCCAGCUCAUCUUGGAUGGGUAGGACUAGGUGAAUAGCCAUGAACGGAGCUGUCAGUUCCUACUCAAGCAAUAAAUACAGUAUAAAACAAGCAGCAAGUCACCACCACUCCCAGUGCUGGCAACAAGAUGCGUUUUGUGGGGUACCUUGGGGCAUCUCUGCUUCCCUUGCUGGGGCUGCCAUGGCCCCUGCAGCCCCCUUGGCCGUCGUGACUGGGAUCCACCACCAAAUGCGUUGAGGUUGAGCUGGAAGCCAUCCCCUCAGCCGCUGGUGGCCUGAGGUAAACCAACAUGGCGCCUGAGGCCCAAAGGAGCUCCAUGGAGGAACAAAUGAGGCCUGGGGCAGGAGGGGAGGACGCUGGCGCCAUAGUUGCUGUACGGGGACAAGUGCCCAAGCGUGGGUAACGUGGCGGGUGGAUGGGAGCGCAGAGGGGACAGGACCCAACGUCUGAGGUGGAUGGAGGCCUGGGAGGCUGGGCAGGAGGCCGGGGGUGCCCAGCUCCGGCAGGCUGUGGCGGGAGGAGGCCUGUCGGGCGCUGAGGGGGCUCCUGCGGUGCGCACCGGGGCCGUGUCCGCCUCAGCGCUGGGGCCCCGCGGGUGACCCGGCGCAGCCGAUGCCGCGGGCACCCCAACCCCGUGAGGGGGCUCAGGGCUUCGGGGAGCGGCCCCCCGGGGGUUACGCGGGGUGAGGCGGCGGCGCGGUCCCGGGCGGGGCCCUGCGGCACCUGAGGCGCGGCCAAUCCCCGGCGGGGCGCGGGCGGUUCCUGCCCGCCCCGGGGCGCCCGGAGCGCGGCGGCCGUUGGGGGGGAGCCGCGUCCCGGCGGCGCUGCGCCCGGCCCGGCCCGGCCCCGCUCCAUGGAGGCGGCCAACGGGGCCCUGCCCCAGGGCGCGGCGGGGGGAUCCCGCGGCACCGCGGCCGCCCCGUCGGCCAAGGACAAGAAGGAGGUGAAGGUGGUGAUCGUGGGGGACGGCGGCUGCGGGAAGACGUCGCUGCUGAUGGUGUACGCGCAGGGCGCCUUCCCCGAGGAGUACGCGCCGUCCGUCUUCGAGAAGUACACGACCAGCGUGACGGUGGGCAAGAAGGAGGUCACCCUCAAUUUGUACGAUACCGCAGGGCAGGAGGACUAUGAUCGGCUACGACCACUUUCUUACCAGAACACAAACGUCGUGUUAAUUUGUUACGAUGUCAUGAACCCCACCAGCUUUCAUAACGUAGCAGCUAAGUGGUAUCCUGAAGUGAAUCACUUCUGCCACGGUGUCCCCGUCGUGCUGAUCGGCUGCAAGACAGACCUUCGCAAAGACAAAGAGCUGCUGCGCAAGCUCAGGGCUUCCAGGCAGGAACCCAUUACUUACAACCAGUCUUUUACAGCUGGUGGCAUCUUGAGUCACGCGACGUGAUGCUUCCGAUGCCAGGCACAGAGGAGCUGAACAAUACCCGCCAGCACUGCAGCUUGCAAACUACUGGAAGGAGACAAACUUCACUUAAAUGUGCUGAAGAAAAAUCCCCCUAUAGAGAAGCCUGAGUGCUCAAGUGGCCCCACUCACAGGGUUUAUAAUGAAUAAAUGCAGAGUUUGUGAGCUGUGGAUUGCACCCCCAGCAUUCACACUCCAGGGCUCACAAGUGUUCAGAACUGGGGGCUGACUCUGCAAUGCCAAUAAAAGGAUCAUAAGCAAAGUAAGAAAACACUGUGUUCUGUCUGUGGUGGUUUUGCACAGCCAGGAUUGCAUGCAAGUGUUUUAGAGUCUAGUCUGUUCCAUUGCAUGCAUUUGGGUGAGGCUGAGAAACGCAGACACCUCUUUGUGCACACAAAGUUUAAGAUGCUUCAAAGCAAAAGUUGAGGUUCCUGCAUGUGCACGAGCAAGACAUUGGUCCAGAUUCUGCUUUUGCAUGUGGCAUUCAGUAGUAAAGGUGACAUCACAUAAUAGUCAAGGUCAGGCAUGAAAAAAAAUAGAGCCCAAAUCUACACAUCUUAUCCUCUCUUGAGUAUCCACCUCAGCAUUUCUUUUAAGUAAAUUUAAUACUGAGACUAUUCUUACUCUAUCAGCGGUCUGCAUCUUGGAGUCUCUAGUGCACUGCACUGCUAGGCCAGGCAUAAAGGAAAAAAAAACCAGCUUAUUUAACAGUGCCUCAGUUUAUUACCAAUGCCAUUUUAGCACUAUACUCAGAGGCAGCUUCUUUGUUCCUGACCUCAUGAUACAAAGAUGUACAGUACAAUUCCCUUCUU